AUGCAAACGGCAGUGCUUCCGAUGACCGUUUGUGAUGUCAUUGAUAAGAAAAUCCGUAGAUUUGUUUGGGGAGGCGAGGAAGGGCAGGCUAAAGUGCAUCUGGUGAAGUGGGAAACCAUCUGCAGGUCCAAAGAUGAUGGGGGGCUGGGUCUCCGUUCUGCCCGAGCCCUUAACCUUGCAUAUCUGAUGAAACUUGGCUGGACUUUCUUGAAUAAUGAGAAUGAUUUGUGGGUGAAAGUGGUUCAAGGGAAGUAUGUCUGUCAAGAUGCCAGGGGUACCACUACCUUCCUGUCCAAGGCGACUUCUCGGCUCUGGCAGGGUAUUCGUAAGGCCUUGCCGCUGAUGAAACAAGAGACAGUCUGGGAUGUGCGGAACGGUCGUAGCAUCAACUUCUGGCACGACCAAUGGCUAGCUGAUGGGGUUACUCUUAAGGACUAUAUCGCUGUGGCGGACCAGGAUAUUGACUGGAAUGCUUCAAUGGCUGACAUGGCCACGGCCACAGGUAUGGAAGCUCCUCGCCUGGAGCUGGGAGAAGAUGUCACUCUAUGGGGAAGGGAAAAAGAUGGUCGUUUUCAGCUUAGCUCUGCCUACACUGCUGCUGCGGAAUGGUUAGAAGAUAUUCAAGAUGAGGAGACUGUCAAUGGAAAACGGUCACACUGGAAACACGUUUGGAAAUGGCAGGGGCCCAACCGUAUCAAGCAUUUCCUCUGGCUUGCUGCCCAUGAUCGCCUGCUGACCAACAGUGAAAGAAAGAGGAGGAAGCUCUGCACCAACGACAUUUGCGACAUGUGCAAGCAGGCAGCUGAGACUACGGAACACAUCAUCCGCGACUGCCCAGAGGCAAAAGAGGUAUGGCAAAAACUUGGAAUAGGGGAGACUACUCUGACUUGUGGUUUGGGUUUUGCAGAGUGGAUGUCGAAGCAUCUGCAAGAGGAGAAGACAGGCGCCAUCUUUGGUGUAGCUGCGUGGUACCUGUGGAAGAGACGUAACGAGUGGAUCUUCGAGAAGCAGUUCCAGAAGGCCUCAAUGUUGGCGUAUCGUAUCCAGAGUUGGACUAGCACCAUUAAGCUGGCCCAGGAGAACGACGCCAAGCUCCAUGCUCCACCGCAGAAGAAAUCGCGAGCUGACCUUGCCUGGGAGCCACCUGCAGACGGAUGGGUUGUUGUUAACACGGACGGAUCGGUUCGCCAGCCAGACUCACUUGCAGCAGCUGGAGGCCUCAUCAGGGACAACUCCGGUAGAUGCCUUGCAGCGUUCGUGGGAAAUUUGGGAGUGAGUACAGUGACAAGAGCGGAAAUCAAAGGAGCUAUUCAAGGGCUCCAAACGGCUUGGUCCAGAGGCUAUCGGAAAGUUCAUCUCCAGGUGGACUCCAUGACGACUUAUCUUUUCUUCACGGCAAAGGAUCACAACAAUGAUAGAUUCUAUAACCUUGCCACUCAGAAAUCUAAAUAG